AUGCCGAGCGACGAUGAUUUCGAGGUCGAGGUCCCAGAAUUGGCAGCAGAUGACCCCAUGCGAGCGUUUUUACCAACGGCUUUCGGAAAGAAGGAUAAAACUGCGAAUAUCGCGGCGCAAAUCGAAAAGAGCCGAAGGGUAGUGGCUGGAACUGCGUCAGCAUCACAUCAACAGAAGAAAAAGCGCAGCAAUUCCAGCUCGGAUGAUAGCGACAGCGACAGCGACAGCGAUUCUGACGAUGGCGACGAAUACCCCGUUUCCCACGAGAUGGUGAUACCAACGGCCACCCGAGCUGUUACAUCCUUAUCUCUCGACCCUUCUGGCGGCCGAUUGGCGACGGGCUCGAUUGACUGUACAGUGAAGCUCCACGAUUUCUCCUCCAUGACGCCCACAACCAUUCGUGCUUUUCGAACGACAGACCCAUUUGAAGUCAAAUCCGCAGACAAUGCAGAGUCGCACCCGAUUCAUCAUGUUGAAUUCAACCCGCAAGCCGGAAGCGUUCUGCUUUGCAUUUCUGCGCACCCACAAGCCAAAAUACUAUCUCGUGAUGGCGAUGUUCUGACGACAUUUGUCAAGGGAGACAUGUACCUCCGAGAUAUGCACAACACAAAGGGUCAUAUUUCGGAACUUACUUGCGGUACUUGGAGUCCCACGAACAGAGAUCAAUUUGUAACUGCGGGCACAGACAGCACUUUGCGCAUCUGGGAUCUCAACAACAAGCGGUCGCAGAAGGAAGUCGUGGUAUUCAAAUCCAAGGCAGCAGGCUCGGCUGGCCGGUCAAAGAUGACAGCCGUUGCGUGGGGAACACCAGCACAGGGAGGAAACAACAUCAUUAUUGGAGCUGCAUUGGAUGGAACGCUUGUCAUGUACAGCGGGAAUGGACCAUUUUCAAGGCCAGCUGGAGAAAUUCUACAGGCGCACAAGCCGCAAACAUGGACUGGAGGCAUUGACAUUUCUGGUGACGGGCGCAUGGUAGUCACACGAGGAGGAGAUGAUCUGAUCAAGUUAUGGGACACGAGAAAGUUUACCAAGCCUCUGGUAACGGUGUCUCACCCCUCCACGUCGAAUACUCACCCAACAAGCAAUAUUCGCUAUGCGCCCAACUGUACGAGCAUCAUCACAGGCUCUGCCACGGGUCACUUGCACAUUCUGAACCCAGGAAAUCUGCAACCGGAACAUACUACACCCAUCACACCCGGCUCACCCAUUAUUACUGUGGAUUGGCAUCCUAAGAUUAACCAGAUUGUUACAGGGUCUGCGAACGCUGAGACGCGUGUUCUUUACAACCCGGACAAGUCCAUUCGAGGCGCAGUUGAAGUUAUGUCACGCGCACCGAAGAAACGCCAUAUCGAUGACAACUCUUCAUUGACUACAGACCAGUCGAUGGGCAUUUCGGGCGAUUCCAUAGUAACACCGGGCGCGAUGCCAAAGAAGACGGGCGGCGGCUCGAAGGACCCACGGCGUCCACACGUACCGCAGCAGACACCUUUCCAGCGCAGCCAACCUGAUGAGAAGCACGUUGCGGAGAACAUCCCGCUUUCCCGAAUGCUGUACGAAGACCCUCGAGAAGCUCUGUUGAAGUAUGCCGAUAAGGCCAAGAGUGACCCGAUGUUCACUAAGGCUUGGAGCAAGACACAACCAGAGACGCAGUAUGCGGCCAUCAGUGAUGAUGAAGACGACGGCCCGGACAAGAAGAGGGCUAAGAGGUGA